AUGACUUGCCGAUGUUCUGCCAGUCGGCGCGUCUUCUUGCCAUUUCUCUACCCGCCGUUUCUUGCAGGCAAUGGCAGUCGGGGCGGCCGAAUGCUUGGAGUCGCAGGCUCACGACACAGCAGCUCCCAAGUCGCAGCAACCGAUCCCGCCGUGCGACUAAACCCAACGCCCGACGACUACUCGGCCCCCUUCUUCGCCGACAAAGCCAAGCUUACGGCAUAUGCCGGCGGCGGUGGAAACGGCUGCAUUUCGUUCCUGCGCGAGCUUUUCAUACCCGAGGGACCUGCCAACGGCGGCGACGGAGGACACGGCGGGAACGUGUAUAUCCAAGCCGUCCACGGCGAGACGUCACUCCACAAGCUGGCACGGAGGAGGUUUGUGCGCGCCGGCAAAGGGAAGCACGGUCAGGGUAGUUCCCGAGGAGGAACGCGUGGCGACGAUGUCAUCAUCACCGUCCCCGUUGGCACGAUUGUGAAGGAAAUAAGCCGGAACGACCCCGAAGCCGACAGCGGCGACCAAGAAGCCGAAGAAGCAGAAUACACAGAAGGCGAUGAAGGUGCCGAGGGGGUUACUGAGCAGGAGCCACCAGAAGACCCCAACCGACACAAGUGGCUACUCUACCCGGGCAUCUCGUCGUCAGAAGCAGCGAGCAUUGAGCUUCCAUUCCUACCCCGCCGCGACCGUAUUUUUGUCCAGCCCCGGCCUCCAGUUCAUAUCGAUCUUUCCCGUCCCACGGCCCGGCCCAUCCUACUUGCGGCAGGGGGUCUCGGCGGACUGGGAAACCCCCAUUUUGCAUCGAGGGAUCGCCCUCGGCCCAUGUUUGCUACUAAGGGCGAGGAGCCCAUGUCGAUCGAGAUUGAGCUCGAGCUCAAGCUCCUUGCCGACGUCGGUCUGGUUGGGCUGCCCAACGCGGGCAAGAGCACUCUUCUUCGCGCCCUGAGCAACAGCCGUGCUCGUGUGGGUCACUGGGAAUUUACCACCCUGCAGCCCAACAUUGGCACUGUCGUCCUGGACAAUAACAAAGGUCGGCCUUUGGUCACCAGCUUCCGUGCCAAUGACGAUCCCGACGCCGAGGACGAGACGGUGCGGAGGACUAGAUUUACCGUGGCCGACAUCCCAGGGCUAAUCGAGGGCGCACACCUCGACAAGGGCCUCGGUAUUGCAUUCUUACGUCACGUCGAACGGGCCGGUGUGCUUGCGUUUGUCAUCGACCUCGGCGCCAGAAACGCCGUGGAGGCUCUAAAGGCGCUCUGGACAGAAGUCGGACUGUAUGCACAGAUGCGCGAAGAAGAAGAGUCGGCUCGCGAGCGCCUAGCGAACAUCGACUGGAGCGCCCGUGCCGGGCUCGAAGACAUAGAGGAGGUCUGGCCGACCACACAGGUCAUGGCCGACUAUAGAAACGACGGCACCCCAGAGAUGAAGGGGGGACUGCACAUUGCGGCGAAGCCCUGGUUUGUGGUGGCGACCAAAGGAGACAUGCCCGGCACACAGGAUAACUUUGCCGAGCUUAGAGACUACCUCGCCCGCAUUACCCGUGGCGAGGAACCUCACCCCAGCGGCGUCGAUGGAGCCUGGACUGAGAACUGCGCGGCCAUCCCCGUCAGCGCCAUCAACGGCCAUGGGGUGGACCGGAUUAUGCAUUGGACAACAUAUCCCGAUGUGGUGAAGGAGCACCAGAGGCUCAAGCAAUACUACAAUGACCUGCUGCAGUUGCCAGAGGAGGAGACGGUCGAGUUCUGGGCCGCCCUGAAGAGGGAGCUCCCUAACAGUUUCCGAUUCUGCGGGUCUAAAGGACACGCCUUGGCCGUCAAGCGACUGCUCCAGACGAGAUACAUCCCCGAGAUCACUCGCAUCACCCACGAUGGCGGACACGUCGAGCCUCCCAAACCCGUGCCGUGGUAUCCCGACUCUCUGGCCUGGUCCAUGACCACUCCCAAGAAUGUCGUCCGAAAGUUCCCUCCCUUCGCCGCCUUCCAAAAAUUCCUCGUGUCCGAGACCAGCGUCGGCAAUAUCAGCAGGCAGGAGAUCGUCAGCAUGAUCCCCCCCCUCCUCAUGGACCUUCGCCCCGGCAUGGUGGUGCUGGACAUGUGCGCAGCUCCUGGCAGCAAGGCUGCCCAGCUGCUCGAGAUGAUUCACCGCGGCGAGGAGGCGCGCAUUCGCCAGGUCGUCCGCAACUUCACCGGAAGUUCCAUUAGCACCAUCAAGACCGAGGGCGAGCUCGAAGAGGAGGCAGCCCAGCUCGAAGCCGACCCCAGCGACGACGGCCGGGCAACCGGUAUCCUGAUUGCAAACGACGCCGACUACAAGAGAAGCCACAUGCUUAUCCAUCAGCUAAAGCGCCUGUCGUCGCCCAACAUGAUCGUCACCAACCAUGACGCUACCAUGUAUCCUUCUCUCCGAAUCCCAAACCCGCAAGACCCGUCUAAACCACACUACCUCAAGUUUGAUCGCAUCUUGGCUGACGUCCCCUGUUCAGGAGACGGCACACUGCGAAAGAACGUAAACCUGUGGAAGGACUGGAACCCCGGCAGUGCUCUGGGUCUCCACCUAACUCAAGUGAGGAUUCUUGUGCGCGCGCUGCAGAUGCUCAAGCCUGGAGGCCGGAUGGUCUACUCGACUUGCAGCAUGAACCCCGUCGAAAACGAGUCUGUUAUAGCAGCCGCUAUCGAGAGGUGUGGGGGGUCGGAAAAGAUCGAGAUUGUCGACUGCCACGGCCAGCUUCCGCUCCUCAAGAGGAAACCAGGCUUGAAAAAGUGGCAAAUUAUGGACAAGUCCGGCCGCAUGUGGAGCUCGUGGGAAGAGGUCGAGGAGUAUAUCAAGAUCUCUGAAGAUGGUCUCGCACCUGGCAGGCUAGUCGAUACCAUGUUCCCUAAGCCAGAGGCGGCCGACCUGCCACUCGAGCGAUGCAUGAGGGUGUACGCCCAUCAACAAGACACCGGCGGCUUCUUUAUCACCGUCCUGCACAAAAAGUCCGAGUUCAAGGCGAAGCCCGAGGAGGCAAGGAAACAGCCAGCCGCCAACGGAAACACAAAUAGCCGGACAAAUGGUACUACUAAGCACGCUCUGGAUGAUCAGGAUGACACCGAGGGGGCGGCCAAAAAGCUCAAGACUGCCGAGGAUCCUAGCACAGCAGACAACGAAACUGUUAGUGCCGAUACGGUUACGCCCGAGCCUGUGGCCGAUUUCGAAGUUUCCAAUGACGAGCCGGCGGCUGAGGAGAAGCCGACAGCAGACGGUGAUGAAAUGGUCGACGCCAUGCCUGCAGAGCCGUCAGCCGCCACACCUAGUGCGGAAACUCAAAGCUCGGAGAAACCCGAGACGGAGAGGAAAAAGAAGCAACAGGGCCCAUACGAAGAGCCUUUCAAGUUCCUCAAGCCUGAUCAUGAAGUUAUCAAGAAUGUGGGCAAGUUCUACAAGAUCUCCGAGCGCUUCCCCUCGAACCGGUACAUGGUGCGCAACGCGCUCGGCGAGCCGGCUAAGGCCGUCUACUACACCAGCGGUCUCGUACGCGACAUUCUGGUGUUCAACGAGGGCCGUGGUGUGAAGUUUAUCCACGGCGGCGUCAAGAUGUUUGUGAAGCAGGAUGCCCCGUCGGCCGACGUGUGCCGCUGGCGCAUCCAGUCCGAGGGCAUGCCAAUCCUGCAUGGCUACGUCGGCGAAGAGCGCGUCGUUGUCCUGACAAAGAAGGAGACGCUCAGAAGGCUCCUUGUCGAAAUGUUCCCCAAGUUUACAGACGGCGAGUGGGAGAAGCUUGGCGAGAUCGGCCCCCGCGUCUGCAGCCUCGGCCUCGGCUGCUGUGUCCUGCGCAUUGAGCCCGAGGGCGACGACGAAGACUUUAACGAGCACAUGGCCCUGCCCCUCUGGAAGAGCUUCCAGUCGCUCAACCUCAUGUUGCCCAAAGAAGACCGAAGCGCCAUGCUCCUACGCAUCUUCAACGACACCACCCCACUCAUCAACAUGAGCAACCAGAAGCAUGGCGGCAACAAGACGGAUGGCGUCCAGCCUAAGUCUGAGGAUGCCGAAGUAAAGACGCAGGAAGCCAAUGGCGACGCAAAGGCUGAUGAGCUCAACGGCGAUAUAGAUGAGAGCUAUCAGAGACGGGAAUCAAUUUAG